CGCACCUUGGCGUAUUUCAUCGACAGCGCGAUCACCUGCUGUGCGUCGUUGUCCGACGAGUCGAACUCUGCCGCCGUGCCGACCAGCACCGCGAUCCGUGAAUGAAGAUGGAUCACUCGAAUCAACGUGCUAUCCAGGCUGAGAUCCGCCAAGUCACUGGCUUGAUUCAAUCGCGUAUGUGCGGGGAGUUGCACAUGCACGAAGAAUUCAUUCCUGCGGCAAAAGCAGCAGCUCGGUGCUCAAUCUUCGUCACCCAUGACUGGAGCGUCAACCCGACGAUGUGCGUGUUCAUGCAGCACGGAGCGGGGGUCACGCCAGGAUUGUGGUCUAUCCCGCCGACAUCGCAGCAACCAGCGUCGUCGCCGGGUCUACCUUCCCCACCGCAAGCCUUCUCCCACUCCCUCGCUUGCAUGUCGUUGAUCCCGUACAUCCAAGCGGCAAAGAAAUGCGGGUAUUCGGUCCUUGUCAUGAAUCCCAGCACGAAUCGCAUGCACGUGCAAGGCCAUCCGGUCAAAAUUUUGCAUUCGUCUUCGCCAGAAGAGCACGUGAUGCAUGUCUGGAGCACGUACAUUCAACCUUCCGCCGCCAACCAGAUCCACUUCAUCGCAUACGACACGUCAGGACUUCUAGUCAAUUACUUGCUGUCGACCCUCCCACCCCAACUCUAUUCGCGCAUCGGGGGCAUUGUGUUCAUCGAUGCCCCCCAAGCAAACGUGCUUCCUCCUCGGACACACAAGACCGACCACAUGCAAUCGCUGCUCGCCCGCCGUGGCGUGCACUUUGAGCCGUCGUCCGAGCCCAUGUUUCAGUUGCUGAGCAAUGCCAGUCCCCGGCUCUGCUCGACCUUGUCUGUGGGCAGAGGAGGCUCGAGCGACAACAGCACGGCCGGCUCGGCGUCCCUUUUGCAUUCGGUGCAAUCGUCCACGUUUGUCUUUCUCAAGUCCAUCUCGAGCGGGUUGCACGGCGCCCUCGACGCAAUCCGCGCGACCGUGCCAAAUAAACUCGUGGUCACGGUGAACCGAGCGCGGCUGACGGGCCAGCCAUACAACAACCCGUACGCUGUUGUGACGUGCGUUGGGCAAAAGAAGGAGACGGUCGGCAACCACAGAAAAACCAUGGAUCCCGAGUGGAACCAAACGUUUUCGUUCCCCGUGACGGACAGCAAUGCCACCGUGUUGGUCAAGGUCAAGGACAAGGCGUUUCCGCUGAGCACGACGGUCGGGUGCGUGUCGAUUGCGCUCGCCGACGUUGGGUGGAAUCGCCCGUGGCGCAAGUGGUUUUCGCUGCGCCACGACGCGCCGCGGUUGAGCGCGCAGCAUGGCAAUGGCGAGCUCGAGCUCACCCUCGAGUGGGUGCACGACCCGUUUGUCGCGCGCACCGACUCGUUCUUGCGCAAAACGGCCAACCGACCUGCACCUGAACCGCCGGCCCAAGACCACGGGUGCUACCUGUGCAAUUGCACGUUUGUGCUGCACCGCCGACGGUAUUGCCGCAUGUGCUUGCGCGCCGUGUGCGUGAGCUGCUCGGAUCGGUUGUUCUUGCCAGGGUUUAGCGAAGCCAAGCGAGUGUGCCUGGCGUGCUGCAACCUGCAAAUGUCCCUACAAAAGCAGCCCAGCCGGCCGAUCCGGCAAGAAGCCCCACCGCACCAACACCGAUCGGCCGAUCGCGACGUGUCCCGCGACCUGGAUCCGCCGACACGCGUCGACCCGUCCGACAUGGACGCGCUGCACGCUGCAAACCGUGCCAACUAUGAACGCAUGGUCCAGCGCGAACAGGACCGACCCCUCGGCAUUGACGAUUUCGACUUGAUGAAGGUUGUCGGGCGCGGCGCGUUUGGCAAGGUCAUGCUCGUGCGCAAGAAGCGGGGCAAACAUGCCGGCGCGAUCUUUGCCAUGAAAAUUCUCAAAAAGAUGCACAUCAUUCAGAACGACCAGGUCGAAAACACCAAGGCCGAGCAGCACAUCCUCAAGGAAAUCAGCCACCCGUACGUUGUGCGCCUGCGGUACGCGUUUCAAAACCCCGACAAGCUGUACCUUGUCAUGGACUAUUACCCCGGCGGGUCGCUGUACUUUCACCUGAAAAAAUCCAAACGGUUCUCGGAAGAUCGGACGCGGCUGUACAUGGCGCAGCUCCUGACGGCCAUCAUGCAUUUGCAUGCCAAGGACAUUGCGUAUCGCGACCUCAAGCUCGAAAACAUCUUGAUGGACUCGGACGGGCACAUCGCGUUGACGGACUUUGGACUGUCGAAGGAAGGGCAAACCGUCGACGGCGCGAUUCGCGCGUCGCAAGCGCACGGCGGCAUGAAAACCAUUUGCGGCACGGCAGAGUACAUGGCGCCCGAGCUGCUGCGCCAUCAGCCGUACGGCAAGGUGGUCGACUGGUGGUCGUAUGGCAUCCUCAUGUUUGAAAUGCUCACGGGCCGCACGCCGUUUGUCGACCGCAAUCGCCGCGUCAUGUUUAAAAACAUCAUGACGAGCGACGUGGUGUAUCCGCCGUACCUGAGCUCCGUCGCGCGCACCCUGAUUGCAAAGUUGUUGGUUCGCGACCCGAGCAAGCGCCUCGGCAGCGGCGUCGGCGGCGGACGGGACAUCAUGGCCGACGCGUUUUUUGCCGCCAUCGAUUGGGACGCGUUGCUGCGCAAGGAAAUCGCGCCGUCGUUUGUCCCGGAUGUGUCGAGCGCCGAUGACGUGACCAACGUGCCGCCGCAGUUUCAAACGAUGGCUGCGUUGGACUCGCCCGUGGCUCGAGACGGAACGAAUCCCAACCACUUUGAAGACUUUAGCUACCAAGAAGAGUCGCGGAUGGAUCGCCGCCAUUGAUUCCGACUACCAUCGUGCCGCCAUCAUGGUCGACCCAAAUCCAAAAAUGCAAAUGUAUUCAUAUCGUGUGUGGCGGCCAACGUUAGCCAAAUCCAAAC